CCGGCCCGGAAGCCUUCACCAGGAUUAAGCUUUAACAGAGGCAACGAGGCCACUGCCUGGUUGAUGUUUCUCCCACGGCCGUAAUUCAGUAACAUCAGCACGUCAAGUCUGUUUUUUUUUUUGUUUAACCUUCUUGACAUUUCACUUGGUGCCGGAGAACAAGCCUCCCCAGAUGCCCCCCCUCCCAGCGAGUUUGGUACCCUGAAGUCCCCUCACCAGAGCAGCGGGGCAUCCAAUGGGCACUCCUUUGUUUGAGGAGGCGUUUCUUUGAAGUAUCUCAGGCAUCUCGGGUCACAGGGCACCAGCAGCAGGACAGCCGCCCCAUCCCUAUGAGCGGUGCGCGGAGGCAGGUCCAGCGAGGCUGCGCUGGCUCGUGGUUCCCAGCAGCAGGCCGGACACUCACCAGCCCCCCGACCCCCAGGAGACCCGGCCUGUGCUGGCUGCUCGCUCCAUGGCCUUCACCGAGCUCCUGGAGCAGACAGGGGCUGGGGGCCUCUUCCAGGCCCUCCAGGCCCUCACCCUCCUCCUCCUCUCCAUCUGGAUGCCCUUCCUAAUGCUUGUGGAGAACUUCUCAGCAGGCCACCGCUGCUGGGCCCCCCUGCUGGACAACGGCUCUGAGGCCGCACACCUCACCCCGGAGGCCCUCCUGGCCGUCUCCAUCCCACCCGGCCUCAACCAGGAGCCCCACCAGUGUCUCCGCUUCCGCCAGCCACAGUGGCAGCUCCUGGACCCCAAUGCCACGGCCAUCAACUGGAGCGAGGCUGCCACGGAGCCGUGUGUGGACGGCUGGGUCUCUGACCGCAGCGAAUUCACCUCCACUAUCGUGACUGAGUGGGACCUGGUGUGCGCCCACCAGGGCCUGAAGCCCCUAGGCCAGCCCAUCUUCAUGGCUGGGACCAUAGCGGGGAGCAUCGUCCUGGGCCUCCUCUCCCACCGGUUGGGGCGGAAACCGAAACUGAGCUGGUGCUGCCUGCAGGUGGCCGUGGCCACCAUCAGCACCAUCGUCGCCCCCAAUUUCCUUGUCUACUGUGGCCUCCGAUUUUUGAGCUCUGUGGGAUGGUCUGGCCUCCUCCUGACCUCGACAAUGCUCACGGUGGAGUGGACCACGACCCGCAUGAGGGCUGUCACCGUGACGAUGAUGGCCUGUUCCUACGGCGUGGGCCAGAUGGCCCUAGGCGCCACGGCCUUCGCCCUGCGGGACUGGCGACCCAUCCAGCUGGCUGUGUCGGUGCCCUUCUUUGUCAUCUUCCUGAUAUCCUGGUGGCUGCCAGAAUCCGCUCGAAGGCUGAUUAUUAUGGGCAAACUGGAUCAAGCACUCCAGGAACUCAAAAAAGUGGCUAAGAUAAAUGGCCACCAGGAAGCCAAAAGGACACUGACCAUCGAGGUACUGACGUCCAACAUGGAGGAGGAGGUGGCCACUGCCAAGUCCCGCCAUUCAGUGCUGGACAUGUUCCACAAGCCCACGCUGCGCUGGAGAAUCUGCAGGUUGCUGGUGGUGAGCUUCUGCUUCAAUCUCUCCUACUACGGGCUAGUCCUUGACCUGCAGAACCUGGGGCGUGACAUCUUCCUCCUCCAAGUCUUCUUCGGGGCCGUGGACUUUCUGGCCCAGGCCACCAUGGCCUUCCUGCUCCGGUUCUUUGGCUGCCGCACCAUCCUGGCCAGUUCCCUGGCCAUGUCUGGCCUCGCCAUCCUGGCCAACGGGCUGAUCCCACGAGAUUUGCAGGCCCUGCGCAUGGCCCUUGCUGUGCUGGGAAAGGCAUGUUUCGCCGUCAGCCUAACCUGCCUCAUGAUCUACAAGGUCCAGGCCCUCCUCUCUACCCAUAGAAUGACGGCAGAAGGCUUCCUGCAUUCGGCGAGUCGACUGGGGUCUGUGAAGCCCCUGAUCAGGAUGACACACCAGGUCCUGCCCCUGCUGCCCUUCCUUGCCUAUGGCAUCCUCCCCACCGUCGCCAGCCUCAUUGUCCUCUUCCUCCCGGAGACCCAGGGACUUCCACUCCCCGACACCAUCCAGGACCUGGAGAACCAGUGA